GCAGCCAUGACGACGGUGCAGCCCAAUAUGCCGGCAGCCAUCUCCCUCCUCCUCCGGCUGUUCCUCCUCCUCCCUCUCUCCUCGACGGCGGCGGCGGCGGCCGACAGCUGGGACUCUUCCUUGGUGUACGCCGGCUGCUCGGCGGCGACGUUCCCUGCGGAGUCGGCCGCCCAGCUCGACCUGGACUCCCUCCUCUCGUCCCUCGCCAACUCCGCCGCCCUCUCCCCCUACUCGUCCUUCACCUCCUCCUCCGUGUCGGGGCUCUACCAGUGCGGCGGCGACCUCCCCCUCCCCUCCUGCGCCGCCUGCGUCCGCGCCGCCAUCCAGCGCCUCUCCUCCCUCUGCCCCUCCGCCGCCGCCGCCGCCGCCCAGCUCCGCCCCUGCCUCCUCCGCUACUCCAACGACUCCUCCUUCCUCGGCCGCCCCGACACCUCCCUCGCCUUCCGCCGCUGCGGGCCCCCCUCCCCCUCCUCCGCCGCCGCCGACCGCCAGGCCGCGCUCUCCGCCCUCUCGGCCCCGCCGGGCGCGCCCUUCCGCUCCGCCGCCGCGGGGGCCGUGCGCGGGGCGGCGCAGUGCGCGGGCGACAUCGGCGCCGCCCAGUGCGGGGACUGCGUCGCCGAGGCCGUCGCGCGCCUCACGGCCGAGUGCGGCGGCGCCGGCGCCGCGUCCGGGGACGUCUAUCUGGGCAAGUGCUACGCCAGGUUUUGGCCCGCGGGGGAAGAGGGGUCUCAACCAUCAUCCUGCGCUCACCGUCGGAGGACCCGAUCCGCGGACCUGUGGGCGCUUUUCUCCCUCGUCGUCGUGGUGGUGGUGGUCGCGGUGUCCAAAGCUUAACUAAAGCGGGCUCGUGGGGAUUCGUGAAAGUGUCAAAGGAAGGAGCGCGAAGCGAGCCGAAAGUGGUUCCCGGGGUUUUAGCUGUGGCUUGUUUUUGUGGCACUCUAGCGUUGGAUUGUGUUGUUUUGUAUGGGCUUGCACACUACACACGACCUUUUGCUACUUUUUUCACUUUUAACUACUAAAACCCAAAAAAUGCUUGUACAUGCAGGUUUUGCUGUAUAUGUGCUUGUAUAAUC